CUCAAUACACAGGAGGCCCAAAAAGAGGAAAUCAAAAUGGCGUCUGAAAGGGAGCUAGCAGAACAAGCGGCAAAACAACCGAAAAAUUCAGACACUGUCUUUGGGAGAAUUAUUAGACAUGAAAUUCCAGCAACAUUUCUAUACGAAGAUGAAAAAUGUGUAGCCAUUGAUGAUAUCAAYCCUCAAGCACCAGUACACUUUCUUGUGAUCCCAAAGAAACCAGUCCAAAUGCUAUCCACAGCAACAGAGAAUGAUGCUGAAAUUCUAGGGCACUGUUUAAUUGUAGCAAAAAAAGUUGCUGAAAGAAAGGGCAUCAGUGAAGAUGGUUAUAGAGUAGUUAUUAAYAAUGGGAGGCAUGGCUGUCAGUCAGUGUAUCAUGUUCACUUCCAUGUCAUAGGAGGGCGCCAGUUAGGUUGGCCACCUUGCUAAGUUGUGUAUAAUAGUAUCUUUUAUGUUUCCUGCACCAUCGUGAAAGGUAGCCGUUGGCUUUACAUCGAAGUGUGAUAACCAAGGAGCAGGGAUGCCAACUGCAAGGUAAUUUGAGUUUUAAUAGACGAAAAAAGGUUUUUAAAAAAACUGAUAUAUGAAUCGUCAUUAUCCGGGAGAUUUAGCGGUAAAAUCUUGAGACCGGGAGAAACGGUCGAAAAU